UCUACCGCAAUGGUUCGACAUUUACUGGCCUUGGCCCUCACUGGGGCGGCUUUAGCCAACAGCAGCAGCUCGUCGAACGCGUCGACCUCUCUGUGGCAGGGCAAUUUUCACCUCACCAGCGAGGUUGCCUGUGCUUGUCAGAGGCUGAAUCAAAUCCACUCACCUGAGGUGUUGUCGCCUUCCUCUGCGAAUUAUACGGAGGAAAGAAUCCGAUUCUGGGACAUCCGCUCCGAUUUGUACCCUGCUUGCAUCUUCCAGCCGAGUAAUGCGGAUGAAGUGGCGGAGGGAGUCAAGAUCAUUUCUACGUGCAAUGCCCCCUUUGCCAUUCGCGGUGGAGGUCACAUGAACUUCCCGGGAUCCAACAACAUCGACGGCGGUGUUUUGAUCACUUUGAACAAACUCCAGAACUACAAGGUCCAUAAUGAUACCAUCGAAGUGGGCCCUGGUAUGAAAUGGAUUGAUGUUGUCAGUGCUCUGGACCCCUAUCACCGUGCUGUUAUCGGAGGUCGUCUCAAGACCAUCGGCGUGCCUGGUCUGACUUUGAUCGGCGGGGUGCACUACUUCAUCAACAAGUAUGGUUUUGCUAUGGACAAUGUCGUGCGCUACGACGUGGUUUUGGGAAAUGGCACGCAGGUGAUUGCGGAUAAUUCCACAAACCGCGAUCUCUUCUGGGCCCUCAAGGGCGGUGCCAACAACUUCGGCCUCGUCACUAAGUUCACCCUCAAGACAUACCACAUGCCCAAUGUUAGCACCACCAUUCAGACAUUUGAGGAAUCGGAAGUCUACGACUUCAUCAAGGCUGCCGUGGCCUUGUCCCGCUUGGACGACCGCGAUCCCAUUGCUGCCGGCGGUAUCCUCACCAUUCAGCACAAUGUGACCACCAAGGCGGUUUCAGCCUCGCUGAUGGGUGUUCAAGAGGGUAUCAGCAACCCUCCUUCACAAUUUGCCAACUUCACCGCCAUUGAAGGCCCGACUAAGGUACACAAUGUCACCACAAUGCUUGAGUGGACGGAGGACAAGGAUACCCCCAACCAGAUGUUCAGAAUUGCCUUUUCCGCGCACUCGAUUGUCCCUAAUGCCAAUCGACUGUAUGAGAUCUACCAGGCCUGGAAGGCGAGUGUAGAGACCCUGUCCGACGUCCAAGGCAUCUACCCGACAUUUGUGAUUAAUCUGUGCCCCACGGGUGCUGUCCGCGCCGGACGAAACACCGACGUCGGAAACACGUGGGAUCUGGCCCUCGAGCCUACAGUCUGGUGGCAAUUCAGCACCGGAUGGGAUCUAGCCCAGGACGAUAUCCGCAUGACGUCCUGGUCCCGUGAUCUGUCUGAGAGUCUGCAUGAGCAGAACCGCCAGUCUCUGGCACGCGAGCAUGUUUAUAUGGGCGAUGCUGGCGAAUGGCAGGAUGCUUUUGCAACCUUCCCCAAGGAGAACACCAAGCGGAUGAAAGAAAUCCAGGCGGCGGUUGAUCCCCAGGGCGUGUUCAGUCGCCUGAACUGGGGUGGUUUCAAGCUUUCUCCUUGA